AUGCUGGUCGCUGCCGCGAAUGGCAUUCCGGUCCUUUUUCACGCCGACCACUGCGGGUCCCUCGAGGUCAUCAGGGCCCUUCUAGUUUGGGGGUUUAACGCGAACGCCCGGUACAGGGAGCUGGGCAACAUGCCUUUUACGCACGCGAUCGCGGUCGGCCGAAGCUUUGAGAUCGCGACCUUUUUGGCCGAGCGUUCCGCAUACCUGGGCAGCGCCAGAGACGCCGACGCUCCCUUCACGGGCCAGGGACGAGCCCAUCCUAGCCCAGAACGCCGCCAGGCGUGGCGGGCACGUCAAUGGCGCGGCGCCGAAGGGGCGAAGAUAUCCUCGCCACCACCGCUUGGUUGCGUCGACUUCGUCACUCAAGGCGACGCGCCAUCUAUCCAAGAAAUUGUGUAUCCGAGGCUCACCAACAUCCCCGCCGCCAUUGGUCACCUGCUCCUGCCCGUGCGGGAGAGAGAGCUCGCGGGGGGCGUGAGCGGCACCAUCUUCAGCUCCGCUGGCUGGUACGAUGCCACGGAGUAGGGUGAGCCUGUUGGGCGGCGUUAUCAUGAUCGGUGACCUGGAGCUGGUGCGGCUGCUUCUAUGCGCCAAAACGGCCUAAAUUUGGUAGGAGCGUGAGGUGAUGCCCUGGCCGUGAUUUCAGCCGCGUCAAGCUGCGUCAGGCUGGUGUCUGGCCUGGUGGCCGAGACGACACUUUUGUUGCGCUCGCUCCAACACCCACAUCGUGGAGAUGGACCGGCACAGACAUGCACCAACCCCAACUGUGGGCACACAGGGCCAGUAUCAACAAUCAUCUGUGACCAAGGCCAGCGGUCUCCAGCAACCACGACUGCAGACCUGAUAACGCCCCCGAUCGCGGCAGACAUAUGUCUAGCAGAGCCACGAGGCCCUGGACAUGCCAAACGUCAUACUCGCC